AUGGGCGAAAAGGAGCACCCUGUCACGGAGUUUGAUCGACAGACUCGGUAUCGCUAUCCAGCGCUUUGGCGGGCAGCUAGCAGCCCUUCCGCUCCAUCCAUUGGGAAUGAAAGCAGCUCAUCGCGUCACCAGCACCAGCAGAUUUCGCCGCGGUCGCAUCUUUACUCCUCGCCUCCGGUGUCGUCUUCCGCUGAGGAAAUUGGGCGCACCGCUUCGCCAGAGCUGGGGAACCACCGAGAUGGGAAAGAUAAUGGCGAGGAGGCAAAGGGGCGCCGGCACUACUCUCGCCAUGCCGGAGUCGCGACCUCUCUAGCUGUCGAGUCACCACCUCAAGACUCCGCGGCGUCCUCGCCAGCAACGUUGUCAGCCUGGUUUGCGGGGUUUACAGCGGCGCAGCAGCAGCGUUUUAAGAGUCUUCAAGAGCGCGGCCCACCAGGACACGAAAUUGCGCGGUGGAAAAUGUUGGAGCUGAUGCGACACUGGAUGAGCAUGCCAAGCACUCGGGCCGGCCUCGACGCAAUCAUUCGAGACGUACUUGUGGACGCUGGAAUCGCAAAGGCGAAGGAGGCAUGGGGUGGCAGCGAUGCCUGCACGGCAGCGUCACGCGACAGUGCGUCCUCUGUGCAGCUACAGCAACGUGGUGGCACCAACCAGCCCAUCACCACGUGCGCCAACCCACCUGCGACGAAGGCGCCACCGAAGAAGGUGUCCCCCAAGAACAAACUGAUUACCACGAGCGUAGGACUCGAGUCGGACGGUGAGCCCCCUUCAUCCACUGCUCACGCCGAGGAGGACAAGAGAAAGCGAGAGUGCACCGAGGAGGGUCCGCGGGCUUUGGCUGAUGAAGCCCCAGCUCCAUCCGUCGAUCAGGCCACUCCUGCCUCCACUCCGACUCCGCACAGCGUUGGGAUUGUGUUUUCCUCUUCUGCCCUCGCGGCGCGAGGGACUCCGUUGGCGCCAGACGAGGCGACCCCUUCGGUGACUGCUGCUAGGGUGCGCUCAACUAGUGCCCGUCGGCGGCGACGCAAAAAUGGAAAGAGUGCCGCUUCUGCACGAGAGAGGCGGACGCUGCCUGCAAAUGGAUCGCGUUCGCCGACCCCGCAGGAUGUCAAAGGGGACGCUGACGAAUCCGCUGUGCUGCCCGUGGCGUCACGGACACCAGAGAAGCAUGUAGCACCCCUGACCCCGAGAAGUGGUGUUUCGCUUGGUACGGCGGCGUCGCACGAGCGGACGGAUGCCGCGAGCGACGCAAGAGUCUCACCGCACCGAUACACGGAAUCGCCGUCCUUGCACCAUUCGUCAUCGGAGGAAGCUCUUCCCAACUCCUCCCACAACCUCCCCUCUCCGCGCCAGCGGAGCCGCAGCAACAACAACCCAACAGCAGCGCGGUCGCGGCAGGAGGCCACAUACGAGGAAAUACCCCGCUUCUACUUCCCCCUCGGGCGCCCGACUACGCGAGAGAUGAUGAUCAGCGGACCUUUCUCCAGCAAGCACGAUAACCCUCAUUUGAAGAUUGCCGACGGUGUCUCCAUGUCGGCCCCCAUGUACGACGGCGGGGAGAGCAGCCGCAUGGGCGCAAACGCGGGGGCGCUCGUUGGAACCAGCAAAGACAGCGCACUCUUCCCCGAAUCGAGACGAGGGCAGAAGGUGGCGCCGAUGUCGCAGUUGCACGCGCUCGAUGACCGGCAGGUGGCGCAUUACAUUCAGCGGGAGUUUGGCCGUCUUCCGCCCCUUCCUAGACAUUCUCAGCGGGUUUGGCUGCUGGGUGGACGUCUGCGCAGCGGUACCCACAACCACAGCAAUUUACCCUUCGCCAAGCAGGAGCUCCUGUACAGGCAGCAGUUUAUUCAGUGCGUGCAACGCCUGUGCACCCAGUGCUUUGGUGUCCCGCGGUAUUUUGCCUUUCUCAUAUUGCGGCUUAUACAGUGGGAGAUGCACAAUGGAAAUGUUGACGCGGGAGAGAAUCGUAGUCCGCCUCAGACCCGCCACAGCAACGGUCGCCUGGGGUCCUCAUCGUCGCUAAUGAGUCACACAGCCAACGGCGGCGGCAGUGGUGCGACUGGACUGCCAUCCGUUUUCCUCAUCACCGCGCAGCACAUGAAGAAUUUCUACGAGGCCUAUCUGAAGAACAAGGACGUGGUGAGGCGCAUUUUUGACCUGCUGAUUCUCUCUUCCCACCUGCCCACCUCGCCAGCAGCAGCGGCGUCGCUGGCGGCUAUGAGCGCAGCAACAGAGGCAAACGACCAGGGUGCGUCGACCCCGGGACCCUCCCUUAACGCGUCACUCCUGCGGUCCUUCUUGCUACCCAAGGACUUUGUCGCCUACAUUAACGUUCUCCUCACUUAUCACCCGGGACUUGCGUUUCUGCGGCAGACACCUGACUUCCAGAGCAAGUACCUCGACACCGUCAUCUACCGCAUCUUCUACGAGCUCGACCGUUUUGACCGGGGCUGCAUUAGUUAUUCGGAGCUGGCUGCGUCGCGGCUGAUCGACGCCUUUCGUCAGGUCGAUUCUGCUGAAGACAUCAACAUGGUACUCCUCUUCUUCUCUUACGAGCACUUUUACGUGCUGUACUGCCGCUUCUGGGAGCUAGAUGAGGACCGCGACAUGCUACUGGCGCCAGAGGACCUCAUGCGGUACGCCCCGGAGGAUGUUAUGAACCCGUGCAUCGUGCAGCGCGUCUUUGCUGGGGUCGGGCGGCGGCGCCGCUGCAAUGUCCCCCAUCGCAUCGGCUACGAAGAUUUUGUUUGGUUCUGCCUCUCGGAGGAGGAUAAGUCCACACCACAAGCUAUCCGCUACUGGUUUCGCGUUCUUGACCUGGACGGGGAUGGGGUGCUUUCUGUCUAUGAGCUACGCCAGUUUUACAACGUCACGUGUGACAAGAUUGCCCAGUACCUGCAGGAAGGGCUGGUCACUUUCGAGGACGUUGUGUGCCAGGUGUUCGACAUGAUGCGGUGCUCUGAGUAUCGCGGGCUCUUUCUCUCAGACCUCAUGCGGGAGCCUGAGGCGGCUGCGGUGGCGCUGAACCUACUGACGAACGUGGUGAAGUUCUUGCAGUUUGAGCACCGCGAUCCGUUCGUAGCGCACGAGGAGCGCUUGCUCGGUGGUCCAGAGCAGUCAACAUGGGACCGCUUUGCCCGUCUAGAGUACGACCGCAUGGCGUUGGAGACAGAUGGAGAGGAUUGA